AUGAGCUGCGUAUCUGAAGUCGUGCGCGAGAGGGAAACCUACAGGUACACGUCGCGGCUUGUUGACAAUGCUCGAGCACAUUCAACGACCAUCGCCACUCCGGGCGAGGGCCAAACAGAUGAUAUCACCAAGACCUCUCUAUGCGCCGAUACUACGUUGACCGCAUUCGCGCAACUCAGCGCGUUCAGGCUCAAUGCAACUCGCUGUUUGAUAUCCGUAUUCGACCGUAAGAAUCAAUAUGUGGUCGCCGAGGCCACAGUUGAGUCUCCAAUAGUACCAGAAGUGGACAGCCAGCACAACCUUUGGCAGAGCGGAACCACCAUCCCACGGAGCUCGAGCCUCUGCGAGCAUGUCCUCGUUGCUCACGACGACGGAAACUCCCACUCGGAUAGAGAGAUCCCCGUAUCAGUUGUCUCCGAUCUAGUGUGCGAUUCGAGGUUUUGCAACCGCUACGACAUUGAGGAUCCCUCCAACAAUCGCUUCUACGCCGGAGCACCCAUCCGGUCCCCCAAGGGCAUUAAUAUCGGUGUGAUUUGCGUUUUUGGUGAUAAACCACGAGAUGGCCUGGAUUCUAGCCAGACGAAAUUCCUCCGGGAUAUUUCACAGACCAUAAUGCAACAUUGGGAGUCUAAGGCUACAGCGACCAAUUUCACCAAGAGUGUUCGCAUGAUAAGAGGUUUGGGCAGUUUCGUUGAAGGCAAAGCUACGAUGCCUGAAUGGCUCUCUGAUAUCACCACCGAACCGAACUUGGACUUGAAAAACAAACGAGACUCGUUUGAGAGCCAACAAGCAGCCAAUCUCCGACAAGCCCAAUUCACCAUGCAGUCAGGAGAGCCUCAGGCCCAACGACCCGAUCCUACGCCUCUUCAGGGUCAAAGCAGCACAUACCAUGACGACUCGGGUCCUACGAGCAACUCAGGACAAAGCUUGCCAGAUAGCGACGGAAAUACUGAAAGAGCCUACUCUGGAGCUAUGUCUGUCAAUACCAAUGUCUCGGUUAUACGAACUAAUGCAACAGUAUCGACGGAAGAGCCCAUAAUAAAGGCCAUCCAGGAUGUCCUAAGCAGAGCUGCAAGUAUCAUAAGAGAAGCAGUCGAAAUUGAGGGAGUCAUGUUUCUGGAUGCGAGCGUUGGAUCUUUUGGUGGAUUAGUGCCAGACAGCGACACUGGCUCCAGCAGCUCUUCUAUCCCUUCAUCUACACUUAGUGGCGGAACCGAAGCAACCGAAAUGCCACGAGACCAGGACCCUGAUGGCAAGAUGUGUAGCAUAUUAGGUUACUCAACGUCCGGGGUAUCAAGUAUUAGGGACAAAUCGUGUUUACGAUCACCUGAGAUAUGCCUACCUGAGAGGCUUUUACGAGUCCUGCUCGGACGAUACCCUGGUGGCAAAGUCUUUAACCUCGACGAUGACGGCACAGAACAUUCUACCGACGAGGUAUCUGUAAUCCAGAACGAAAUCACAAACUACUCGGCGGUUUUAGAUUCCAGCGGCCGUGACGGCUCUGCAAGCAAAAGAUCGAGUAACCCGUUCUCCAAGAAGAACGAAGAGAAGACGCUGAAGACGAUAUUUCCAGAUGCGUGCUCUAUAGCCUUUGUCCCUCUGUGGGAAUCUCGAAAAGAGCGGUGGUUUGCCGGUUCCAUUCUGUGGUCGAACAAACAUACACAAAGCUUCAAAUCGAGGGAUGAGCUGAGCUAUCUCCGCGCGUUUGGGUCGACCAUUAUGGCGGAAAUCGCGAGCAUCGACUCCUCAAUAGCUGAAAAGGCUACGAGUGACCUCCUCGGAUCUUUGAGUCACGAGCUAAGAUCCCCGUUACACGGUGUGAUUGCUGCUGUAGAACUGCUUCAAGAUACGGACAUCGACGCCUUUCAAGGGAAUCUCGUCCACACUAUGGAAUCAUGUGGGCGAACCCUCCUUGACAGUAUCGAUCACUUACUAGACUACACGAAAAUCAACCGCUUGAUGAAGCAGCCACGACGUCAUCCCGAUCCACAGACCAUUCCUUCGGACCACUACAAAUCUUUUCAAUCGCAGAUGACCAAUGUUUCGUCAACUGUGGAGUUAGCUUCAUUGGCCGAGGAAACAGUAGAAAGCAUUUUUGCCGGUCACAACUUUCACAAAAUGUCUAUUGCACAGCUCAUAAACCAUGAGAAGCUGCACCAUCGUGAUGUCAGAAGUCUGCGGCGACUUGAUUCUGCACAGGCCAUUGAGACCUUUUCGGCUAACGAAGUGUUGGAUCUACAGACAUUGCUUUCAGGUGAAGACCCCCUAUCUAUCUAUCUUGACAUCGAUCCGACCGUACCUUGGCUGUGGCACAUAGCGCCGGGUGCAAUACGUCGCAUUAUCAUGAACCUCCUUGGUAACUCCCUGAAGUUUACGAAGCGGGGAUUCGUCAUUAUCAGUUUGAGGCAAGAGAGGUCGCUUGCUGAACGUGGCGGAGGUCGCGUAAAUCUGAUUCUGAAUGUUACAGACUCAGGGAAGGGUAUUGCAUCAGACUUCCUGAUGAAUCAUGCUUUCAAGGCCUUCUCUCAGGAGGACUCGUUAACGCCAGGUACAGGCUUGGGGUUAAGCAUCGUGCACCAAAUCACCAAGUCGCUCGGUGGUUCGGUGGAGAUUGAAAGUCAGCUCCAACGUGGCACUUCCGUCACUGUAUCGAUUCCACUCCGAACACCCUUGAGCGACGCUAAAGUAGAACCAUCAUUUUCGGAGCAUUUGAGAGCGUUAAGAGGUUUUCGGGUUGCUCUUCUUGGUCUCGACGAUGUCGCGCAAGCGCCAGGUAUAUCCGAUCAGUGUUCAAUGACUGAAGCUCAUUUCAUGGAAACCAUUUGCCGAGACUGGUUGCAGCUCGAUAUUACUUCGAGCGAAUCACCCGACAUUCACUCAGAUAUGAUCCUCUGUACAGAUUCUUAUGUGGCAAGGAUUGGACCAGCCAGUCCCACCGAAUCUCAACCCCCUAUGGUAGUCAUCUGCCGAAGCGCCGUCGCUGCACAUAGUCUAUCAGAAAAAUACUCAAAUGCAUACGGAAAGGGUGUAUACGAGUUUAUUUCUCAGCCUGUCGGCCCUCGCAAACUCGCGAGUGCCAUGGUUUUCGCACUUGGCAAGUACAACGAUUCUAGGGCCUCUGAGCUUCUUACAAUCAGGUCAUCAAUAUCGUCUCAGAGCAUGUCAGAUAUGUCUUCAACAGUGUCAUCGACUACACCAACUCCGUUUACUGAACAAAUGACACCUCUUCUAGACGUACCUGAGAUGGUAAUGGGAGAAGAUACGACGCCAGGGAUUACACUACCAUUGGGACCAACAAAACCAGAAGCUGAGGCACACAAAGAGCAACCUGAAUCGACGGCGACAACCCCUCCGCAUACGACACCUGACCCCAUCGUGUCGAUAACUCCUGCCACGCCGAUACCUGACGAGACGACACGAUCAACCGCGGCUGCCCUUGAUGCUGAUAAUGUCGGAAAAACGCGAUGUCUCCUUGUCGACGACAAUGACAUCAAUCUUCGGAUUCUGGCGUCGUUUAUGAAAAAGCUGAACUACUCCUACAGGACUGCCACGAAUGGUCUCGAAGCCUUGGAAUUGUACGCAGCUGCACCUGAGAAAUAUAGGCAUAUCCUUAUGGACUUGUCUAUGCCGGUCAUGGAUGGCAUGGAAUCCACACGUCGUAUCCGGGAACUUGAGCGUGCACGACAUCUUGAACCAGCGUCCAUCAUCGCCCUGACGGGACUGGCAUCGGCAGAUGCGCAGAAGGAAGCCUUUGCCAGUGGGAUCAAUCUGUACAUGACGAAGCCGGUUCGUUUCAAGGAGCUAGCCAAAGUGUUGGCCGAUUUGGGCGAUCAGGGUUGA